AUGUCCAAGCUGGGUCUCAGCAAACCCUCGACUGAAGUUACACAGCCCGUCGACACGUACCCUAAGGAACCCGACCCCCAACUCCACACCUACCAGGGUUCCAUGAGGGCUGUCUAUCUGGUUCGUGAUCGAAUCACUCACGAGCGUUACGGCAUGAAGAAGAUGAAGAAAGAGUACCUGCGACUGCGAAAUCAAGUGGAUCAGGUAUUCGCUGAACGCGACAUUCUCGGUUUCGCGGACAAUCCCUUUGUGGUGAGCCUAUACUGCACAUUUGAGACGAAAAAGUGUCUCAACCUGGUCAUGGAGUUUGUCGAAGGUGGUGAUGUGGCCACACUGCUGAAGAACAUCGGUGGGCCCCUGCCCGUAGACCUCUCACAAAUGUACUUUGCCGAACUCGUACUGGCUCUGGAGUACCUACACAACUACGGCAUCGUUCAUCGUGAUCUCAAACCGGACAACCUUCUUAUAACCCACGAGGGCCACAUCAAGCUGACCGACUUCGGUCUCUCGCGAAUCGGCCUGAUGAAUCUGGCCACAAAUCUCUACGAGCGAAGUCUUGACCUGGAGAGGGACUGCAAGAUGUUCCGGGAUAAACAGGUCUUCGGCACGCCGGAGUACAUCGCGCCUGAGGUCAUUCUGCGUCAGGGCUAUGGCAAACCUGUUGACUGGUGGUCUUCCGGUAUCAUCCUCUACGAAUUUAUCAUCGGCUGCGUUCCCUUCUAUGGCGACACCAUCGAGGAGCUGUUCUCAAACAUAAUUUCAGGUGAGUUACAGUCUCAGCUGUGA